AUGAAUCUUCAGAAGUAUUUAAAUAGCUCAUUAUCUGAAAGUAAUGAAUUUCAUAGUUCACCAUCCACCUCGGCUUCAAUAGGAUUUAAUAGUGAAAAUACCCAGAUUGAAUCGGAUAAAAUUUCCAACAAUCAAUGUGAUUCUAUCGCAAUUACGAGUAAUUUUGUUCUUAAUAACAUUAAUAAAACAAUUAUUCCUGAUACUGCAAACAAUGACAUAAAUAAAGAAUCACAUUUAGUUCAAAAUUCUCCUGUUACAAUCGAUAAUAAUAUAUAUGAUCAUGAUCCAGCUUUAUGGCCUAAAGUUAUAAGUUCUAAACUAAAAGAUUUAAUAAUUUCGUAUGGCCCUAGACAAGUGUUUUUAAAACAAUAUCCAAAGGAUGAUAAAGAUCGACAUUUUUCAAGUAUUCAUUAUUCUCGUACACUCCCAAAUAAUGAACUUAUUCCUCGGCGUUGGCUCAUAUAUUCCGAAAGUUCAGAUAGAGUAUAUUGUUUUUGUUGUUUAUGUUUUCACCAAGGAUCAAGAUCUUCUCUGGCAAAUACGGGCUUCAAUGAUUGGAUUCAUUUAUCAUCCACCUUAAAAUCUCAUGAAACCUGUAGUAAUCAUAUUUUAUCUUAUACUAAGUGGAUAGAAACUGAAUUAAGACUUAAAAGUGGGAAAUCAAUUGAUCACUUGGAACAGUUACUAAUUCAAAAAGAAUCUGAGCGCUGGAAUCAAGUUUUAACACGCUUAAUGAACAUUGCCUUAUACUUGGCAGAAAAUAACAUAGCUUUCCGCGGAGUUUCUGAUAAACUUUACAGUCCGAAUAAUGGAAAAUAUCUUGGUCUUAUUCAAUUGUUUGCCAAGUUUGAUCCUAUAAUGCAGAGGUAUUCAAACUGUGCGUCGCGGCUCCCAGGGGCGUCGCGGGAGUUGUCGAAGGGAGCCGCGUCAUAUAAUUGA